AGCACACAACAGAUCUCAGACCUGUUUGAUUGUAUAGAGAGCAUGAAAACUGAACCCUAUUCUCUUCAGACAUAUAUGAGAGCUCCAGAAAAGAGAGUCAGACAUGAACUAGAGGAGAAACUGAGAGUGAGAGACAAUGAAAUCAAAGAAUUACAGAAGAAAAUGAAGACGCUGGUUCCAGAGUGUUUGAAGCUGAAUCUGGUUGUGUGUGGGAGUAACAGAGAAUUAAAAUCCUUCAUAUCAAACCUGAUCCUGAAGCAGAGUGAGAGAAGAUCAGAGCUGAGCUCAGAGUGUGUGAGGAGAGACGCGGAGCUUGAUGGACGUCUGAUCAGUCUGGUGGAGCUUCCAGCUCUGUUCAACACUCAGCUCUCAGAGGAGGAAGUGAUGCGUCAGACUCACCGCUGUGUGUCUCUCUGUCAUCCUGGAGUUCAUGUGUUCAUCAUCAUCAUUCCUGAUGCUCCACUGACUGAUGAAGACAAAGCAGAAAUGGAGACGUUGAAGAAAAUAUUUAGCUCAAGAAUCAACAAACACAUCAUGAUCCUUAUAAAGCAGAAUUCAGAGCAUCGGACAGCAGAACUAAAUGAAGAAACUCAGCCUGCCAUUGAGAGUUUUGGAGGACGACAUCAUUUCAUUGGUCCAAACACACAACCAUCUGUGUUGAUGGAGAAAUUGAAGCAGAUGGUUGAGGAAAAUAGUGGUGUUUCUUUCUCCACAGAGACAAUGAUGGAGGAACAGAUGGAAAAACUGCUGAAAUUUGAAGAAAUAAAGAGGAGAAUCCAUUCUUUAGAGACAUGGUUUCAGUCACAAGAUUCAAGAGAAAGAGAAGAUGAACUGAGGAUUGUGCUGCUGGGAAAAACUGGAGUUGGGAAGAGUUCAACUGGAAACACCAUUUUAGGAAGAAAAGUUUUUAUAUCAGACAUUUCUCAAACAUCUAUUACUAAAGAGUGUCAUAGAGAGACAGCUGAAAUCAACAGCAGACACAUUACUGUGAUCGACACUCCAGGACUGUUUGAUACUGAACUCAGUAAUGAGGAAUUCCAGAGAGAACUCACUAACUGCAUCUCCAUGAUUUUGCCUGGACCACAUGUGUUUCUCUUACUGAUCCCAGUGGGACGAUUCACUCAAGAGGAGGAAAAAUCAGUGAAGAUCAUCCAAAAGACAUUUGGUGAAAACGCAUUAAAGUACAUCAUAUUGCUCUUCACCAGAGGAGACUUUCUGAAGAACAAAAUCAUUGAACAGUAUCUGGGAGAACCUGGAUCUACACUUAAAAACCUGACUGAAGCAUGUGGAAACAGAUUCCAUGUGUUCAAUAAUGAGACUGGAGACCGAACACAGGUGACUGAUCUACUGCAGAAGAUAGACAACAUGCUGAAAGUGAACGGAGGGAGUUACUACUCAUGUAAGAUGUUCAGAGAGAUGGAGAGACAAAUACAAGAACAACAGAAGAACAUACUGAUGGAGAAAGUGGAGCAAGUGAACAGAGAAAAAGAAGAACUGAUGAAGAAACAUAAAGAAGAGAAAGAGAGGAUGAAGAUGAAGAUGGAUGAUCAUGACAACGAGAGAAAGAGAAGAGAAGACAAAUAUAAAAGAGACAUUAAAGAAAGAGAGGAACAAGAGAGAAAGAUGCGAGAGGAGAUGAAGAGAGAACGAGAGGAAUGGGAGAAAAAGAAACAACAGGAAAGACAAAGAAGAGACGAAGAGGAGGAGAAAUGGAGAAAGAAAGAAAAUGCCAUGUUAGAUAAAUAUUAUCAGAGACUUAAACAAGAGAUAGGCAGAAUGAAGAUGAUGAUGGAGGAAGAAAGACAGAAUCAUGAUCAAGACAGAAAGAGAAGAGAAGAAGAGCAUGAAAGAAUGAGAAAGGAAGAAAAGGAAACAUGGGAUGAAUAUUACCAGAAACUUGAAAAAGAGAUAGAGAGAAUGAACAUGAUGAUGGAGGAAGAAAGAGAGAAUUAUGAUAAAGAGAGAAAGAGAAGAGGAACAGUAUAAAAAGAUACAUUAAAGACACAGAGGAACAGGAGAAAAGGAUAUGAGAGGAGCCGAGGAGAGAACGAGUGGAAUGGGAGAAACAGAAACAACAGAAAAGACAAAAAAAAUAGGAGAAGAAAUGGAGAAAGAAAUAACAGGCAAUAAGGAUGACAUAAUCAGAGACUUGAUGGGAGAAAGAAGAUCUUCAGUUCAAGCAUGAAGAUAAGAGAAUCCAGCUGAAACAAAAAUACACUUGAAAAAUGCACUUGAUAUGUACUGUCUUAUUUUAGAACAACUUUACAUAUGUUUAAUUAAAGAGGUUGACCGAUUGAUCGUUUUUGACGGUCAGCUAUCUGCAAAAAUCCAUACCAAUAGUUUUUCAGGUUGCGUCCUUUGCUGGAGCAGCUGAGAGGGGUCCACUGUCAAUAUACUGUACGAGAGCGGCCUCUAGAGGUGAAUCACUGACGCUUUGUGUUGUUUGUUUUGACACGUGAAGCUGUGCACUGCAGACGGCGGGACACUAAAGAUGUGGAUUUAACACAAACAAAGUAACUUCAGUGGAGCAUCAGGAAUGAUGAGGAUGAACACAUGAACUCCAGGAUGACAGAGAGACACACAGCGGUGAGUGUGACGCAUCACUUCCUCCUCUGAGAGCUGAGUGUUGAACAGAGCUGGAAGCUCCAC